AUGGAGGGGAAGCACAUGGUGAUGUCGGCGGUGGGGAUCGGGAUAGGCGUCGGCGUGGGGCUGGGGCUGGCAUCCGCGCCGUGGUCGGGCGGAGGGUCUGGAGGCCCGGCGCGGGCCGGGGUGACGCUGGAGCGGGUGGAGCACGAGCUCCGCCGCCUCGUCGUCGACGGCAGGGACAGCAAGGUCACCUUCGACGAGUUCCCAUACUACCUCAGUGAGCAAACACGCGUCGUGCUGACGAGCGCCGCGUACGUCCACCUGAAGCAAGCAGAGAUCUCCAAAUACACCAGGAAUCUCGCCCCUGCUAGCCGCGCGAUUCUGCUGUCAGGCCCUGCAGAGCUUUACCAGCAGAUGCUCGCCAAGGCGCUCGCGCACUAUUUCGAAGCCAAAAUCCUCCUGCUGGAUCCUACAGAUUUUCUCAUAAAGCUUCACGGCAAAUACGGCACCGGUAGCAGCGAACAGUCUGUUACAAGAUCCAUCUCCGAGACGACUCUUGAAAAGAUGUCUGGAUUACUCCAGUCUUUUACGAUGACUCCACAGAAGGAGCAAUCCAGAGGAGGUAUGCGUAGACAAAGCAGUAUGACCGACAUGAAAUUAAGGAGCUCUGAAAGUACAAACAGCAUGCCCAGGCUCAGAAGAAAUGCAUCUACUUCAUCCGAUAUGAGUAGCCUGGCAUCGCAAGGCCCUCCAAGCAAUUCAGCUCCUCUCAGACGUUCUAGUAGCUGGACUUUUGAUGAGAAAAUGCUGGUGCAAGCGUUAUACAAGGUUCUGCAUAAAGUAUCUAAGAAGAGCCCAAUUGUCCUCUACAUAAGAGAUGUCGAGAAGUUUCUUCAGAAGUCCCCCAAAAUGUUUCUUUUAUUUGAGAAACUACUGGCCAAGCUUGAAGGGCCAGUGCUACUUCUCGGUUCAAGGAUUGUGGAUAUGGACUUUGAUGAUGAUGAGCUGGAUGACAGGCUAUCUGCUUUAUUCCCAUAUAACAUAGACAUCAAGCCGCCCAAAAAUGAGAAUUGCCUUGUAAGCUGGAACUCCCAGUUAGAAGAAGAUAUGAAGAUUAUUCAGUUUCAAGAUAAUCGGAACCAUAUCACGGAAGUCCUUGCAGAGAAUGAUCUCGAGUGUCUUGAUUUAGGCUCAAUAUGUCUAUCCGAUACAAUGGGCCUCAGUAAGUAUAUUGAGGAGAUUGUGGUAUCUGCAGUUUCUUACCACUUGAUGAAUCAUAAAGACCCAGAGUACCGGAAUGGAAAACUAAUUCUAUCUGCUAAAAGCUUGUCCCAUGCAUUGGAAAUUUUUCAAGAGAACAAGGUGUGCGAUAAGGACACCAUGAAGUUGGAAAGACAUACUGACGCUCGAAAGAUUGCUGAAAAGGGAAUUGCUCCGACUGCUGCAAAAUUGGAAACAAAACCUGCAACUUUGCUGCCACCAGCAGCUCCUGCUGCCGCUACUCCAGCUCCUCCUCCUGAGAGCAAAACAGAACCAAAGAAACCAGAGAAUCCACUUCCACCUGCAAAAUUACCAGAAGUGCCCCCGGAUAAUGAGUUUGAAAAGCGCAUCAGACCAGAAGUGAUACCCGCGAAUGAAAUUGGAGUUUCAUUUGAUGAUAUCGGUGCAUUGGAAGAUAUCAAAGAAUCCCUUCAAGAGCUUGUCAUGCUACCCCUCCGACGGCCAGAUCUCUUCAAGGGGGGUCUUCUUAAGCCCUGUAGAGGUAUAUUACUCUUUGGUCCUCCUGGAACUGGCAAGACGAUGCUAGCCAAGGCUAUUGCAAAUGAAGCUCAAGCAAGUUUCAUAAACGUAUCGAUGUCGACUAUCACAUCAAAGUGGUUUGGUGAAGACGAAAAGAAUGUUAGAGCAUUGUUCACUUUAGCUGCUAAAGUAUCGCCCACUAUCAUUUUCGUCGAUGAGGUUGAUAGCAUGCUUGGGCAGCGAAACAGAGCUGGAGAGCAUGAGGCAAUGAGGAAGAUUAAGAAUGAGUUUAUGACACACUGGGAUGGUCUCCUGUCAAGACCAGAUCAAAAAAUUCUUGUUCUUGCUGCGACCAACCGUCCUUUUGAUCUUGACGAGGCUAUCAUCAGAAGGUUUGAGCGCAGAAUCAUGGUCGGCUUACCAUCAGUGCAAAAUCGGGAAAUGAUUAUGAAGAGGCUUCUGUCGAAGGAGAAAGUUGAUGAAGGACUAGAUUAUAAGGAACUAGCAACCAUGACUGAAGGAUACACUGGCAGUGAUCUCAAGAACCUUUGCACAACGGCGGCAUAUCGCCCUGUGAGGGAACUGAUACAGAAGGAAAGGAAGAAGGAACUGGAGAAGAUGAAACUGGAAAAAGGAGGCAGUCCACUAGAUCCUUCAAAGAUAAAACAAAAAGACAAGGAGAUCAUUCUAAGGCCAUUAAACAUGGCAGAUUUGAAAGAAGCAAAGAACCAGGUGGCGGCGAGCUUUGCUGCUGAAGGUUCCAUAAUGGGUGAGUUGAAGCAAUGGAAUGAUUUGUAUGGUGAAGGCGGGUCGAGGAAGAAGGAGCAGUUGACAUACUUCCUGUGA